AUUUUCUCUGGCGUCGGGGGCGCGGCGGAGACCCGGCUCCUCCCGGCUGCCCAUGCUCCAGCUGCUUCCCCCCGGGUGGGAGGCCAGGAGGGGCCUUCGCCGUUCAGGCUGCUGUGUUGCUGAAAGCCAUAACUAGCUGACCCCGUCUUCCAGGCUGCGUGCUCCAUGUUUUGAGACCGAGAGGACCUUGGUGUUCUGAAAUGAAGAUGGAGGCAGUGGGAAAAGCAGAAGAACUUUUGGAUUCAGAAGUUCCACCAAAGGCUUCUGAGAAGCAGGAGACAGCUCCUGAUGAAGAUGGACCUAUAGAACUGGAGGCGCAUACUCAGAAAGACAGCGUGCCCACUGCAUCAGACUCUGCAGUGCUCUCUUCAAUGCCUUGCUUACUGAUGGAACUAAGACGAGAUUCCUCAGAGUCUCAGCUAGCAUCUACUGAGAGUGAUAAGCCAGCAGAUGGUCGAGUUUAUGAGAGUGACUCUUCCAAUCAUUGCAUGCUUUCUCCUUCUUCCAGUGGGCAUUUGGCUGAUUCAGAUACAUUGUCUUCCACAGAAGAGAAUGAGCCCUGUCAAGCUGAAGCUGCUGUGGAAGAAGACCCUUCUGGGGUCUCUGGGUCUGCAGCUGGGAGGAAAUCCAGGCGAUCAAGGUCUGAAAGUGAAACUUCAACAAUGGCUGCCAAGAAAAACCGACAGUCUGUCGAUAAGCAGAAUGGUCGAGUUACCAAGGUAAAAGGUCACCGAAGCCAAAAGCACAAAGAAAGAAUCCGACUGUUAAGGCAGAAACGGGAAGCAGCUGCUCGCAAGAAGUACAACCUGCUGCAGGACAGCAGUACCAGUGAUAGUGACCUGACGUGUGACUCGAGCACGAGUUCUUCCGAUGAUGAUGAAGAGGUUUCAGGGAGCAGCAAGACAAUCACUGCAGAGAUACCAGAUGGACCUCCAAUUGUAGCUCAUUAUGAUAUAUCAGACACAAACUCAGACCCAGAAGUGGUAAACGUGGACAAUCUCUUGGCGGCUGCAGUGGUGCAAGAGCACAAUAAUUCCUUAGGAAACCAAGACCUGGGAUCUACCUGGAGAAACAGAGGGCUGCUGGAUGAGCUGGGUGCUGAUGCAGGUCGUUUGGAUCCAGGCUUCCUUGCAAUUGACAAGCCCUCUCCUGGUAACACCCAGAUCAAUGAAGAAAUUAAUAUCACCUCUUCUGACAGUGAAGUAGAGAUUGUUGGAGUUCAGGAGCAUGCCAGGUAUGUUCAUCCGAGGGGAGGUGUGAUCCAGAGUGUGUCUUCCUGGAAGCAUGGCUCGAGCUCUCACUACAUUAACGCUCAGCAAACACAAUCAUGGACAGCUGUGACUCCCCAGCAGAAUUGGUCUUCUCCCCCAGAAGUAGUAGACCUGACUUUGGAUGAGGAUACCAGGCGCAAAUAUCUACUGUAAUGCCGUGUCACUGUGUUUCUGUCCCCAUCCCUUCUCCUUUUGUGGCACAGAAGUCAUAGCUUCAGCUUCAGAAGCCCCAUUCCUGGCAUUAUGAGUCUCAAGCCCAUGAAGUUUUUUGUUUUCUGUUUAUUUCCAUAAGAAUGCAGUAUAAUUUUAAUAUCACUUAAAUCUUUUUUCUUGUUCUUGCCUUCUUAAGGGAGGAUUCCUUCCUGAAUUAAAACCCAGUAGCUCCAAAUUUAAGACACAUCCAUAUUUACUAAUUUGAGUGUUAAUUUGAAGAAAUCAUUGUGUGCAAAGUUACGUCUUCCCACUCAUCCCCGCCUCCAACUUCAGAACAUUUUUAAUUUAUCAGUAUAUUGAGUUUGUAAGUAGCAGUUAGUGUUUUGCAGUGUGAGCAUCAGUGGUUUUGAGAAAUGCUGUGUCCUCACUGGUUUCAGUGGACCUGGAGGUAUUCAACACUUUGGAAAACUGGGCCAGGAGUAUUUAUAUCUGAGAUGAUUUGGUUGUGUUACCCGCAGGAGGGACUGUCUUGAAUACAAAAGGCCCAUAACAUAUGCACUGAACAGCUUCUAAUUAAAGGACUUUUAUUUUCAAUAUAAUUUAUAGUUUACACUCUUUUCAGUGCUGACUCUUCUGUCUACUUGACUACUGUGUUUCACUGAUCACAUCCCACGGCUUGUUAUGGUUUAGAGCAGCGGUAGUAGAAACUGUCUAGCAGCUGUCCAUUGCAAAAGCACAAGAACAUGAUAAGUAAUAAAAAGACCCAACAUCCGUCUGCUUUUUAAAUGUAUACAAACUUUUUCCCUAUUUCUGAAUCUUGCCUGGAGUAGGGAAAGGAGAGAAUGGAGACAUACUUGCUCCUAAUCUUCAUUUCUGCUAUUGCUCAUUUGCUUUCGUUGACCAUCUCAAAACACGUGUGAAGUCCCAGUCUGGCACAGCACUUUAACAGAUGCAUAGUGUUAAUCGCAGACAGUUUCCUGAAGUUGUGGGGCCACUGGGGAAGUGACAGAGUCCAUGUUCCCAGGAAACACAUAAAUGUGGCACGUGGGGACUUGGUUAGUAGGCACGGUGAGGAUGGGUUGGAGUUUGACUUGGGGAUCUUUGAGGUCUUCUCCAACCUAUGCUUCACGUGCUUCAGACUCUGCCCCAUAAAGGUAUUGCUGGAUCAGAGCAUAAGGUUGUGGUCUUUUCUUUGACCAGAUCUGUACCAUUUCCCUGCAGCUCACGUCUCUUGUCCUAGUUUUGGAAUUGCUUUUAGGGUACAAUCCAGGAAACACUUUGUUUGCUUGACCGAGACGAGCAGAACUGUGCACUUCAGUGGGCUCCAGUUUCAGCAGCACGUAUGGAAAUUCUUAGCCCUAAUCUGUCAUUUUGAGCCUUUUCUCCAGGCAAAAACCAAAGAUUAGACUUCUGCAGGUUGAUAUUCACUUUAAAUGUCUGUUGUGCAAUUAAAAUACUCCCUUGUAUUCGAAAUGUUCCUGAUGGAAAUUUUACACAGCUCCAUCAGCAGGAUUUUGUUUUUUUGUUUUUUGGUUUUUUUUUUGGCCAGUUAUGGCUGAAACAGGGGAUAAUUACAUCAUGGGGAGUUACAUUUCCUUUUUGUGUUGUCUGUUUGUUUUUUUUUUUGUUGUUGUUAAAUACAUUUGGCUCCCACCAAUUUUUCUCUGCGAGCCAAAAAUAGAAAGGAAAAAAAAAAAAAAAAAAAAAAAAAAAAAGGGAGAAAAAAGAGACCACCAAAACCCAAUGAGUGUUGGUGUGGCUGGUAACAAACUGCAACUUUGGAACCAUGGUUUAGUGCUUUUUGCUGUUCCAUGAAGUCUUGUAGAGAUCAGUUUCAAUGAACGCUGCAGGGACCCAUCGGUAGUCCUGCCAUUAAAAUGCAAACUGUUUUUUUUUUUUUCUUUAAAGUUUGUAUAUUAUGUGACCUCCAUGUAUAUAUAAUAACAACCGUGUCCUAACCAGACUUCCUCCCAUUGUGCACUGUAUUUGUUUCAACAAUCCAUGCAUUGUAGUCCGAUGCAGGUCUUCUUUUAUUUAAAACACUACGUAUUUUCUUUUGUCCUUAUCAAAUUUGAGAAAGGUAGUGGCCUGAAAAACACAAUCACUGGAUAGCUAGGGAAGUGUUUUCAUUUUGCUUUUUUUUUUUUUUUUUUUUAAUGAUGAUUAUUAUUGUUGUUUUAUUCUUUUUGUAUUAAAAAUAAGAGCAAAAGGUGCCUGGACAGUUUUGCUCUUCUCAGCAGGAAAGUGAAAUGUUCAGCCAUUGUAUGGCCAAGAACCAAUGCACGCAGGGCCUGAUCCAGAACCCACUGGAGCUGAUGGGGGUUUCCCCUCAGCUGCACUGUGCAUUGGCUCACGUCCUUCUUGGUUCAGCAGUUCCUGAAUUGCUUGAGAGUGAACGUGGGAUCUUCUGUAGCAAAGACAAAUAAUUGCUUAGAAUUUAAAUGUUCAAAACGUGCGACUGUAGCUUAAAAAAAAAAAAAAAAUUAAAAAAAAAAAAAUUGAUUCUUUUCGACACUCAUUAUUUAGUUCUCAUUUUUCCAUCUAGUAUUUAAUGGUCUUCGGAGAAAAAAAAAAAAAAAAAAAUAAGCAAACAGAGUGUUAUAUAAAUAUAUAAAAAAAUAUAUAUUUUUGGUGCAAGAUGAGACCUUCCGUUUUUUUGAAACAAGUCUGUAGCAUAAAGGUUAAACUAUUUUAAGACGAAAUAAAAUAGAGUGUAUUAUUUAAACAA